AUGCCACCAAAGAGAAAGAAGUGGACGGAAGCAGAGGAGAAAACCCUAAUUGCCAAGUACGGCGAAAUGGUCUCCAAUGGUACCCUUGCCAAGAUGAAAACGCGGGAGAAGAAGUUCCGACCGAUUGCCCUGUUUGUGAACUCGGUCCACCAUGCGCGCGAUCCGAUUGCCUAUCCCUGGCAGUGGACGUGGAAAGAUGUGUCCACUAAGGUCCAGAACAUGCGGCAUCAAUACUUGUUGGUCAAGCAGAAGGUGGUGAAGAAGCCCAACUUCUCCAUGGCUGUGGAUAGUGCUGAAGCUGGCAGUAGUGGUGUGGGAGAAUUUUCAGAGGGAGAUGAGUUUGACUGGGUGGAAGGCCUUACUCACUGGUCCAACUUCCUGCUCUACAAGGAAGUAUUUGGGGAUUUGCCCAUUUCUUAUGGAACUAAUGGGAAUGAGUUGAUGGGAGUGUUGAAUGAGGAUAGGGAGAACGGAGGAGGGAGAGGAAUGGGAAGUUUGUUGGGAGGUAGUAGGAGAGGGUUGGACAUUAUGGAGUUUGGUCAUUUGGGGAAUGCAGCUGAUGGAGAUUUCGGUGCGAUUGAUGGGACCGAGAACGGGGUGCUAGGGUUAGGAUUUGAUUAUGAAGGAGAAGAACAAGAUGAGCAGCAUUGCAAUGGCAUUGACCGGGUUAGGGAGAAUAGGGAUGUAGGUUUCAUUAACGAAGAAGUGGAAGUGCCUGCUCCUAGUAAUAGUACGAGGAGGAAUAAAAGGAAGAAGAAGGGAUUGGAGAAGAGGCUGUUAAGUUUUCUCUCAACUCAAGUAGGGCAUUUGAGAGAAAUCGAGUCACGGUUUGAGCAGCGGGAAGCAGAAAGGGACCGGGAGAGGCAAAGAAGGGAUAUUGCACAAAUGGAGAGGCAGCAGGAGUUGGAAAGGAAAUUGGAAGAGAGGUUGAAGGAAACAGAAGAGAAGGAGAAAAAUAGGGAAAACUUGAGAAGGCAGAGAAUUCAAGAAUGGGAAGCAAUGGAGAAAGAGAGCGAAGACAGGGAAAGAAGAAGAAGAGAUGAAGAGGUUCUGGAAGAGAGGGAGUGGCAGGAGAGGAUGACCAGGAGGAGGUUGGAAUGGAAGAAGAGGGUCGAUGGGAUGUUAAACCAGCACAGAGAAGAAAUGGGGCAGAUCCAGAGUCGGCUUCUUCACGAGCAGCAGAAUCUCACAAGCCAGUUGCUGGGGAUCGUUUCACAUUGGGGUGGUCAUCCAGCCGGUCUCUCGGACCACGCAGCGAGUGCUAACAACCAUUACCUUUCCCAGAUGAUGCAGAAUUUGCACCAUGUUAAUGGUAUGGUUCAUGGCGACACCAGAGUGGAUGGAGAUGCUCAAGAUGACCAAUUCAUUGUGGAUGGAUAA